AUGUUUUGUAAACAGUAUAUUGCUUAUUUUAGUUUUGCUUUACUUAUUGCUUUAACAAUAUUUAUAGUACUGAUAGGACAAAAACAUGAUACUGGGACUAAAACAUUAACUGAAAAUUCUGAAGAAAAAGAAAAAAUGAUUGAUUCUGUGGAGGUUUAUUCUCUCUACAAUAAUCUUGUGGAAAAGUAUUCACAAUUAAAAUCUAUUAAUGAAGAAGAUUUUAUUUUAAUUAUUUACUCUUUGAGAUACAUUGCUUUUAUUCCAGAAAAAGAUCUAAGAUAUUUUUUUAGAGCUAUUGUGGAACAUAAUUGGGAAUCAGAACGUCGUCUUAAACAAACAGAUAUCGAAGUUCGAAAAGAACUUGAUAGGUAUAUCAAAACUGUUGAUGAGUUUAUAGAGCAUGCAGAAUCUCUUAAGAAUAUUUUUUUUAGUGAUUCUGAAAACUCUGUUAGCUUUUUCGAUCAGCAUUUAACGUUUUUAUUAAAGUAUAAAAUUGAUAAUUACAAGAUUAUUUUUGAUGAAAAGAUUGGUAGAUUUGAUGAUGAAUUUUGCGAUGUUUUUAACAAAUUACCUAAAGUAGCUGAUCUUUUUCCGAAAGACGAAGAAAUGGAAAAGGUUUUUGAAAAAAAAUACGCUACUAAUUUAACUAAUACUGAGUAUUCUACUUUUAAUUUCGUCUUUUUAUCAAUGUGGGAUGAUAAUUUGUCUCGUGUUGAAAUAUCUAAUUAA